AUGUUCAACAAUACUACUAAUAGCACACGAGACGCUGCCAGUGACACACCACCAGAGUCUCCUCCAUCCUCCGGCAAAUCUCAGACUGCCUCACUGUCCUCUGAUUCUGUCCCACUACCAGGCUCCUCGACACUCACAUUUCUUGUGGCAGCACUGAGCAAUGCAUUGCUUGAGGGUGCACCUCCAGGCAUUUCACCAUCCACUCAGGCUGCUACAUCUACAGGAGAAGUUCCUGUCCAGUCUGGCAAGAAAAACAGAGGUCCAACAAACCCAAACAACCUUUUCAAGCCGAGUUCGGGAUCGACAACAGCACGCAACCUCUGUGGUAUCGAAUGGCAAGCCCAACGCAAGAUGGGCACUGUCGCAGAGUUCACAACACACUGGAAUAGCCUCACUCCCCAACAGAGAGAGCCCUACGUCACUCGCUCAAAGCUUGCCAACACUACUCUUGGAAUGACAAUGUUCCUAUACUUUCAGUCACUCAUUGCCCAUUCAUUUCUUCGUUCUCCCCCCACGUUAGCCUUGUCGAUAACCUUGGAACGACAAUGUUCCUCUCUAGGGAGCGAUUGGGGGAUUUCAGGGCCCGGAGGCUGGCGCUUUUCUUCGGAGAUGUGCACUAAGCUUCUGGCAACUCGAGCGAAUUAUUACAUGCUUGUUGGCGCAAUCAUUUCAGCUUACAAGCCUUGGUACAUUAUCCCCGCAGAGUUGAGGUUGGAUUGGAUAGACAACUCAUUCCCGUCCGAAGAGGUGUUAGCCACACAAGUUGGUGACGCGCGCCGACACAUACUGGACCAAUACGGGUUCAUAGCCUACAACUUGCAUCAAGACCCGCGUUGGCGCACACACCCUGGCUUGCUGGUGCAUGUACUCAGGGUGACCAACACUGGCCUCGAUUCCUGUUGGCACAUCGGAUGCAUCGUGGAUUUCAAGAGGAUGGAUUUUUUCAUUUUGGAAUUGUAUGAUCUCAUCUCUCAUGACGUUCCUGUACACUACCAGUGGUUCCCCGCCAAUGCUGGACCUUUUGACCCACGAGCACUUAGGGCCAAUGACUAUGACUUCAUUCAGAACAUAAGGCGGACUCAAGUCAAAUGGCAGUGGUCUACAGCGGCGCAAAGCGCCAACUCCAUGGAUCCUCCAGCUGUCCCUCCACCUGCACAAAAGAAGGCGAAGUACUUCAAAGCUAGCGGGAGGUUCAAGACCAACACAUGGGAAGAAAUCUCGAAAAACGCAUACAAGGAGCUGUCAAAUUGGUGUGUGGCGGAACAUGUGAAGCUACCGACGAGAGAUGUAUUCGUCGCCUACGAGUAUGAAGGAGCAGAUGAGGAAUACAUUGUGCCUGUGGGAUCUGUCAUCAGCGCAAAGGAGAUGGCUGCCUAUGUGCUUGGGAUAGCAGCUCAACUGAAUCCCAUUUCUGCUGUCAUCAACACAAAGGAGAUGGCUGCCCAUGCGCUUAAGCUGGCAGCUCAACCAACAGUGAAUGGUUUCUGCCCCAUCAGCAACAAUGCUAGCCCUGACGACAGGGGAGUCCUCUUCUUCAGUGCAGAGCAGACUCGGGCCUGCCAAAAGGAUUCUCCUGCAGCAGCAACGCCUACUGCAGAGCCCUCCACUUUGGAGCACAGCAAACCUGCGCCCGUCACAAAGGGUUCACUCGCAGUAGCAGCAUCGAUUGCAGUGACUGCCACAGAAUCAUUGAUUUCUGAGAAGCACAGUCGAAGCCAAUGUUCAGUGACUCCGCGUGCAAUGGUGCCUAACAUCGUCAUUCGUGUGCGGUCAAGAUCCGCUGGGGCCGAAUCCGCUAUCUCCCUAGGAGAAGAAGACAAUGUCCCCUUUUUGUUUGGCUCUCAUGUAGCUCCUUGGGCGCCUGAUUAUACUCCUGUUUCACCCCGCUCCCCAUCACCGUCACUUGCAGUUAUGGUUCCACUGCCGGCACCGUCGUCUUUGUGCCUCCCACCCCCACAUUGUCAGAAAUGCCUGGCGUUCCUUGAUGAUUAUUCCUCCAGCUCGAGGAAGCGCAUGAUCUCGUUUGUAUCAUCUCCAUCUGGAGCUGGAGAGAAUAAGAGACCACAGAUGGCGGCGCCCCCUAUGUCCUCAUGCCUGACCCUGAUGCAGAGGCUUCACAACGUCGUCGCGACUUUCCCUGCAGCCUCACCCCUUGCGCCUGAGCCCUCUCCACUUCAACAGCUCCCACCGGCACAAGUUCAAAUCCUCCUGGUUUGA